AUGCUAACAGAAGUGUGCAAUUUAAUCUGGUACAAAUUUACAGCAACCAUAACUGUGUGGAUCAGUAAUGGUGACAUUAUUUUGAUUGGCUUACGAGAUUAUCAAGAUAAUAAAGCUGAUGUAAUUAUGAAAUAUUUAAACGAUGAAGCUAGAACUCUCAAAUCAUUAGGAGAAAUUCCUGACACUAUAAAAUUGGAAGAGAAUGAUGACAUUGAGUUCGAUGCAAAUGCUGCUAUUUUUGAUGAGGACGAUGAUGAUAAUGAAAAAGGAUCCGACUCGGAAGAUGAAGAAGGCUCAGAUGAUGAUGAUGAUGAUGAGAAUAGUGAUGAUUCUGAUGAAAUAGCAGAAAUUAAUCAACGAUAUAGAGCAGAUACUGGUAUAUCUAAAGAUCAACGAAAUAAUCGUCGAAGAUAGUUGAUUGAUUGAUUGAUUGAUGUUUUGUAUGUUUUUCUUGUAAAACUUUACGGUUGCAUAUUUAUUGUCUAUCUCUUUCAUGUUUCGAUAGUCUGGGUUGUUCCAAUCCCUGCUGCCCCUUAUGCAGAUACUGUAAAUCAUCUUUUAUUGUGUGACAUUAUUAUUAUGUAAUAAAAAAGAAGCAAAUCUUAAUCACCAAAAAUGACGACUAAUUUACACUUAAUACAAUACAACAAAAAAAAGGCAUUGUUCUGGUUUUGUUUUUUUCCACACAAUUUCUUUUUGUGUAAUUUAAAUUUUCGAAACUAUAAAGUUACAUUUAAUGAUAAGGUCCUGUUUUUUUUUCAUGCUGAACUUACUAGUAGACACCAAAAUGUACGAUUGCUUGUAAUGUUUUCUCAUUCUGCACAUUUUUCUUGAUGUCUCCACUUUGUUUAGCUUUCUUUCAGAGUGAUAAAUUUGUCGGUCAAUUGAAGUUUUGCCUUUUUUUUACUAUUUAAAGUUGGAAUCUAAUGGAAACAUACGCGCAUACGGUUACUAUAUGUUGGUGCAUAUUGUUUCAGAAAGUGCACAAAUUUUAUUGUUCAGAAUCGAAACAGUUUUUGUUUUCCUUAAGACUUAAUAUGUUAUUAUACUCCUGAAAUAUAUGUUCCCAGUACCUAUG